AUGUUUCGAAUGUCGCGCGUUACAACAUCCUGUAUCGAUCUAUCUUUUUUGUCGACACAAAUAUUUGGAAACUGGUUGGACGCAUGUCUUAUUCGUUUGAAAAAUCGAUACGCUCAUACAGACUUACCGAGGGUAAAUUUUCAAGAGUAUCGCAGGAAAACUGUUCGAGAUGAGGACUUAUCAACCGCCCGAAGCAUCGAUGAACGGAGAACAACCACUUCUUCGUCCGCUUUCGUUGCCAGCGUCGCAACCCUCUAUGGGAUAAAGUCUCACAUGUUGCACUAUGUGUACUUUUUGUCUGCGUCACGUGACAUUUUGGCUGACGCACAGAUUGAAAUCAGCUUAAGAGAUAUAACAAAAAACGUUCGCCUAUACAACUUUUAUGUAUUUCCUACUCCGUCUCCGCAAGUCGUCAUAGAUCAAGAAAGACUCGUGAAUCACGCAGAAUUAAGAGACCCGGAACGUGACGACGACAGAACUAAAAGACCCGAAUGGUUGAUCGUGAUCGGAAUUUGCACACACCUUGGUUGCAUUCCAAUUCCUAACGCUGGCAUUAUACCGGGUGGAUUUUACUGUCCAUGUCAUGGAUCCCACUUCGACGGGGCUGGACGUAUACGCAAAGGGCCAGCGCCCACCAAUUUGGAAAUACCGCAAUAUGAAUUUCUUCAAGACGAUGCCAUUCUCGUUGGUUGA